AUGCGGCGGCAGGUCAAUAUAGACAAAACCGGUGGGAGGAGAAUCGCAAAGUUUCAGAGUAAGGUAGGGGGGGAAAGGGAAGAAGCAGUGAAGUUCUUCUGGGCGUCUGAAGGCAGCAGCAAAGCGAAAGGAACUGCACGGGGCUGGAAAAGCCGGUGCCAGUGUGGCUCAUGUCAAAAAGCGCGAGGAUAUCUAAGACCUCGGAUCGCAUUCGGUGGAGCCUGUGACUGCAACCACCGGCACUAG